GCGGGCCGGGGGUGCGGGCGCUGGCGGCGGGGCCGGGGCGCGCUCGGCCGGAUGGCGGCCCCUGGUCCGGAGCGGGAGUCCGAGCCCGAGGCCGUGUUCCCGCAGGAAGUCGGGCUCUUCGCGGACUCUUACUCGGAAAAGAGCCGGUUCUGUUUCUGUGGGCACGUGCUGAGCAUCACACAGAACUUCGGGGCCCGCCUGGGGGUGGCGGCGCGCGUGUGGGACGCGGCUCUGAGCCUCUGCAACUAUUUUGAAAGUCAAAAUGUGGACUUCCGAGGCAAGAAAGUGAUCGAGCUGGGAGCAGGGACGGGCAUCGUGGGGAUCCUGGCGGCGCUGCAGGGGGGGGAUGUUACCAUCACUGACCUGCCCCUGGCCCUAGAGCAGAUCCAGGGCAACGUCCAGGCCAAUGUGCCGGCUGGAGGCCGGGCCCAGGUCCGCGCCUUGUCCUGGGGGAUUGACCAGCAUGUCUUCCCUGGAGACUAUGACCUGGUGCUGGGGGCUGAUAUCGUGUACCUGGAGCCCACCUUCCCACUGCUGCUGGGCACCCUCCAACAUCUAUGCGGGCCCCAUGGCACCAUCUAUCUGGCCUCCAAGAUGAGAGAGGAGCACGGGACAGAGAGCUUCUUUCAGCACCUCCUGCCCCAACAUUUCCAACUGGAGCUGGCCCAGCGGGAUGAGGAUGAGAAUGUCAACAUCUAUAGGGCCAGGCACAGGGAACCAAGACCUGCUUGACAUCACCUUUCUGCUCCUCUGAACUCCUUGUCCUAGGAAAGGAACUGCUCUGUAUCUCCAAAGCCACAAACACGAGGAAGAAGAGUAUGGGUUUCCCUUGCCUUUCCCUUUCCUCCUUCCCUCUCUGUUCCCCCAGAUACUCUUGGGCAGGUGCAGGAAAGUGCCUGCUUGUUGGGAAUCUUAGAGCACUAGGAUAGAGCACAAAAGAAGUUCCCAAUUCCUGUUCUCAGAGGAGGAAGAUAGGAAAGGUGUCCAGGAUUUUUAGGGGUAGGGGUGGCAAAUGGGAGGUGAGAACAGUGGCUGCAGAGAGACUGGCCCUGAACCCUUCCAGUCCUGCUGUUGUUUUUCUAUAUAGAAUGGACUCUUUUUUUCCCUGCUAGAUUCUCAUGGAGUUUUUUUUAAAGGGAAGGAAGGUCAUCUCUGCAUCCAAAGAACUCAGGCUUUUGCUGGGGGGUUAGAGAGGAAGAAACCUCAGGCCACCCACUUCUUGCUUCUGGAGGCAGAAUCUGGUGUGACCAUGGCUCUAACUGGGGCAAGUCCUCCCUGCCCGGAAGCUGGGACAGGCAGCAGAGCUGUCCUUUGGGCUACAGCUUCUUUAUCCUUUUUUGGAGCUGGAGCCAUGAUCACCAAGUACUAGGUUCUUCUCAUCUUUGAGUUUUCUUUAGGUUUCCAGGCCCUGUUGGUCCUUCCUUACUAGUGUUUUGUCUUUCACCUCUUUUCUCUUCCCACUGUAGGGCUUGGGGCUCUCUUUACUCCUUGGGCCACAUAUCUCUUCCUCUGGACUCCUGGCCUCCAUUCUCUCUCCUUUAAGCCAUUUAUCAAACUCUUUUGAUCUUCCAAAAUCAGCUCUGACCAGCUUCUGUUGCCUACUGCAAGAGUAAAGCUCCUUGGCUUGGUACUCAGUCUAUCCCAUGUGAUCCCAAAUGACCCUUCUAUUUCAUUUUCAACUGGUUUCCUACAUGUAUUGCAACCUCUGGACAAAUUCCAAAUGUCUACUCUUUGUUCCCUAUUUCCACACCCAAAUUGCCCUGUUUUCUUCAUUCUUUUUGAUGAUUCCCUGCCUGGAAGAGCUCUUUCUACCUCUCAAAAUCUUUAUUACUCUUAGCCGCUUUCCUGAAGAAAGCUUUUACGGAGCCUCCUGUUUUUUUUUUUUUUUUUUUUUUUUUUUAUUUAUGAUAGUCACAGAGAGAGAGAGAGGCAGAGACACAGGCAGAGGGAGAAGCAGGCUCCAUGCACCGGGAGCCAGACGUGGGAUUCGAUCCCGGGUCUCCAGGAUCGCGCCCUGGGCCAGAGGCAGGCGCCAAACCGCUGCGCCACCCAGGGAUCCCUGAGCCUCCUGUUUGGAUGUGAUUUCUCUCUCCCUGGAGACCCUUUCACUGGUCAUCUUAGGGCCUUACUCGGCUUGCAUGGUACCGGUCUGUCCCCUACUUCUCACCCCUAGACUACCGGGAAGGGCAGGGGUGUGGCUCACGCCUUCCUAGUGCUCUGAGGCCUACAGCGGGUCGACGUGCCACCCAUACUUUGCUUGGUCAGCGACUAGCCCCGGGGUCUGGUGAAAGGGCUCCCCCCCCCCCCCCCCUGCCUGCCCCGCGGC